GUCGACUAACACUCAACGGAAACGGUUAUUCGUUAUAAAUAAUAACGUCAUAUCGUUGCGCAUACUAAAGUGCAACUUAUAAACAAUUUGUCGCGCGUAUUUGAAGCAACAACAACAAAAAUCUUGAUACCCAUUUCAUCCGGAGCAAUGUGGUCCUAAGAUGCGGCACAACAAACACGGGAAGUCAAGGACACGGCUUUAUGGACUCGUCAGCUUAAUAUCAUUGCUAUUGGCCUGGUCCCAGGUGCAAUUACAGGUACAGGCUCAAACAUCAGCUCGAUCCGUUACCGAACAUGAUCUCAAUGAUUUGGUGCAGUUGGUUGUGGUUAGCUCGACUUACAAGCUCAGCUUUAGCAUUGGAGAUGAGGACAAGGAUAAGUACACCAUUGAGAAUAUUACAUGUCGCACAGGCAGCGGACCUUUAAUUGUGGCUAACAAGGAUCAUGUUUGUGAGGAUCUCGAUCCCUGUUCGGGCUACACGAAUGUUAUAACGUUGAAGGCUGUAGAUGUCGAGGGAGCAACGCCAAUUGAUCAGAACAUAUUUGCUUAUACGGAUUACAAGGAGCCCCGAACCACUUUGACCUCGAUUAAUGCGACGGAAACAACAAUUGAACUCAGCUGGGAAACCAGCGAUCGCGCCUGUGUUAAGACCUUUGAGAUCUCGGCUGAGACAUUGGAUAAUUCACGAUCGGCGCAGCAAUUAAAGGAUGAAAACACCCACACUUUUACUAAUAUGUGGCCCUGUCGCAUCUACAAUGUCACCCUGAACACGAAGAACAAUGAAUCAAUCUCGGUUGACAACACUACAAUGUUGGUGGAAACCCUGUAUCUGGAACCGGGAGAACUGACCUUAACCAUUAGCAAUCGUUCCAAUGGAGACACGCGCAUCACAUGGAUCGACCCGGAAAACAAGAGUUGCAUUGGCAAUUAUACCUUCGUAUGGCGACGCAUUGAUUGCGAACCGGUUGAGGAGAUCACCACAACAACCGUACAGAUGGAUGAUACGACAGUUGUAACAGAUCCAACGGUGGAAAUGGACAAAUGGGUUUCGAGAGCAGCUAGGUGCGAUUGGAACGAUACCUCCAACGAUACCACAUUAAAGGAAUUUACAAUCAGUGACCUUCAAGGCUGCGAUCUGUACUCUAUCGAGGUAUAUAUCAAUCUGGAACGCCAUACACGAGCCAAGGCCUCCGAGACGUUUACAUCCGCUGAAAAAAUACCCAGCUCUGUUUCGGGACCCUAUCAGAUUGUGAAUGCCACGGAGCUGCAAUGGCUUUGGUCACCGCCCAGCGAUCAUCCCAAGUGUGUGGCCUAUUACAGGCUGAAUCUGACAGGACCUAUACAGCGAUUGGAAUAUGAAAGCGACGAGCAGUUAUCAAAUGAGACAUCAGUAUUAUUUAAAAAUCUGCAACCUUGUGGCACCUACAAUGUGGAGAUUGUGGCCAUCUCGUUGAAUGAAAGUGUGGGUAGCAAGUUCCAAGACCAGAGCACACUGAGCGAGGAUCAACCCUCACAGAUACUCGAUCCAAGAAGCACUCUCGGCAAUUUCUCUAUCGAGUUAAACUGGGAGACUCCCGAGUAUGCUGAUCUCUGCAUCGCUGGCUAUCGUAUUUCCGGCUGGAUGGAUGAUGACAAGGUGGUGGAUGCCCUCAGUGUCAGUAUUGACAAUAAUUCGGUGCUGUUCGACAAGGAGCUUUUUGCCUGUCAGGCGUAUACAAUUCAGAUAAUACCCUUCACCAAGGAGAAUCUGGAUGGACAGCUGCGACAGAUUGAAGUCGAGACAACGGCGGCUGUUGUAAAUUAUGAAAAGAUCAAACUGCAGGUGGCGGGCAGCGGCGCAACCUCACACGGACUGGAGUUGAAUGCCAACAAUCAGGACUACGAUAACAAUUGCCAGACAUUCUUUGCGCACUUCAGUUGCUCGACCAAUGCGGAAGUGCCAAAUACCUAUGCCGAGAAAUAUGUGGAGAGUCAUCGGGAGGGCAGGGGAUUCCAGACAAUCAUUGAGCCCCUCUCCCCGUUCACAUCGUACAUGUGCAGUGUCCAGCUAUAUAAUGUGGCUGGGGCCUCCGAGCCGAGGAAUAUAACCGGUGAAACGGUUACUAAGGGCUACUUUCCCGAUCAACCGGAGAACGUGACGCUCAAGGUGAUAACGAAAAAUAGUCUGGAGUUCACCUGGCAGACACCCAAAUACCCUAACGGACCCAUCAAGUACUACCAGACGUUCCUCAUGCGCUACGAGGCCGAUUACUUUGUGCCCAACACAUGCGAGGCUGUCAUUGAGCCCAAUAGAUUUGAUACCAAAGGCGGUGACACUUUCACUUUUCUCGAACUUUCUCCGGCCGUUAAGUACAUUAUGCAGGUGGCGGCCCAGAAUGAUUUUGGCUUGGGUCAGUAUACGGCACCUCUCAUUGGCACUACGAAACCAGAUGUGCCGGAACCAGUUGUCGACUUGAAUGUGACGUCGCAGGGUCCUUCUCCCGAUCCACAAGUGUACAGCGCCAAUGUGACCAUUAACUGGACUAUACCCUGUAAAUCGAAUGGACAGAUCGAAUGGUUUAUCUUGGACUUUGCUGGCAAACGAGAUGAGCAGGAAAUUAAAUUUCAGCGUCGUGUGGAUCCCGAUACCAGCGAUAAGAAGGGACGUAUGUCCUAUACGGAAAAAGACCUACUUCCGGAGUACAAUUACUCCGUUAAUGUGUCUGUCAAGACUAAAGGCGUGGACACGUUGAGUAGACCUGCCGAAAAAGAUUGGCAAUCCCCCUCGGGCUUACCUACACACCUGGGUGAGGAUCUCGUCCGUCAAAUGCGUGUCAGCGCCUAUGAUACAAAUCAUCCGACAAGCUCGGCAAUUGUCCGUCUGCCCGCCAAUAUUCUGACCUCGUCAUCGGGAAAUAUUGUCUAUAUAGCGCUGCUUCUGUCACAGAAGAAUUGUGCCGGUGAGCCGGAAUUAAAGCACGAUGUCUUGGGCUCUGAUGAUUGGCCUCCCAUAUCAUCCUGGGAUCAAGUGGGUGGCGAUUGCAUUUAUCAGUAUCAAACCACUCCAGAGCGUUGGGAUCCCAGAAAGAAACGUGACAUGACGGAAGAUGAGAUCGUCUUUAUCAUUGGCACCGACAAGUGUCCCGUGCAGAGCAAGCGGUACUGCAAUGGACCCCUCAACGCCAACACCGAGUACAACAUGGUUGUCCGUCUCUUUACAAGCUCAGGCUACAAUGAUGCUGCGCUGCUGGAGUUCAAGACCGAUGCGGCCAUCAAGGUGACCCUGAUCUUGGUCAGCGUCUGCAGUUGCCUCCUCUUGGCCUUUAUCCUGGGUCUGAUUCUGCUUUGGGUGCGCAAGCGGAUUGCCUGGCAUCGCGACUCUGGUCAGGGCAUUGAGGAUCCAUUUGGCAAUGUGAUAGCCAAGAACUUUGCCAUAUUCUAUGCGGAAGUGGCCAAGCCGGAGAAACUGACACGUGAGUUUAAGGAAAUCACGGUUGUUGCUCUAGAAUUGAGCUAUGCGGCCUCUGAACUGGGCAGCAAUAAAAAUCGCUAUGCAGAUAUAUAUCCCUACGACAAAAAUCGCGUUAUAUUGGACAUAGAUAGCGAAGGAUCGGACUAUAUCAAUGCCUCUUUUAUCGACGGUCACACACGAAAAAAGGAGUACAUUGCAACUCAGGGUCCCAAGCCGGAGAGUAUUAUGGAUUUCUGGAGGAUGAUACUACAGCAUAAUGUGCGCGUUAUUGUUCAGGUCACGCAAUUCCGAGAGGGCAAUACGAUUAAAUGUCACGAGUAUUAUCCAUAUAAUAUGCGGGGUCUGAGCGUCACCAUCAAAUCCAAGGAAAGCUUUGAGAUAUACGAUCGUACCGAGCUUUGUGUGGUCCACGAGAAAUAUGGCUUAAAGGAGAAGGUUGUGCAUUUAUUCUUUAAGAAAUGGCCCGAUCAUGGCUGUCCCGAUGAUCCAAUGCAUCUGAUUACCUUUGUGAAGAAAGUUAAGGCCGAGAGACGCCCCAACUAUUCACCCAUUGUGGUUCACUGUAGUGCCGGUGUCGGGCGUACUGGAACUUUUAUUGGUCUGGAUUUGAUAAUGCAACGCCUGAAGAGUGAAUCGAAAAUAAAUAUAUUCGAAACUGUAAAGAAAUUACGCUUUCAGCGCAUGAAAAUGGUGCAAACCCAACAACAGUAUACGUUCCUUUACGCCUGCACCUACGAGCUGGUCAAGCACAAGAUUCCACGUGCAGCGCUUAAGCUUGAAGGACGCCCCAAAUCGGCAAACACACCGCCGAUGUCCCAUACAAAGAAAGUCAGUUUUCCCCUGGCUGAAGCCGCCGUGCUGGAAACUCCAGAUCCAGAGUUGGGUAACGGCGAUAAUUCAUCCACAGCAUUGCAGCACUCUGUGCGAUUUGGAGGAUUACGAAAGCCAAAGGACUUGGAUUCGUUAUAUGAGCAGCCGGAGCGCAACAGUUAUGGUCGGCAAAGUAUUGAGAAUGGAGAGUGUGCCAUUUGAUUUUAAUGAGCAUUUUGUGACAUCUUA